AAGAGAGAGGUUUCUCGGUGCAUAGAGAGAGAAAGAAAGAGAGGGUAGAGUUUUUAGAGAGAGAGCUUACUCAGAUACUUUAUCCAGUACUUUGUGUCUUACUUCUUCUUUCUUUCCCUUUUGUUUGCCCUUCGCUUUUUCCUUCGCCUUCUUCUUCUGGUCGCGGCGUAAACGAACCGAAACCCCAGGAGAAACCAAAACCAGAAGGCGACUUGCUAGAUCUGAGGCUUUUCUUCUAGAGAGAGAGAGAGUUUUAGAGAGAGAAAGAGAGAGAGAGAUGAGCAGCGGCAAAGGAGGAGGAGGAAUCAAUGGGAAGGGGAGUAAUGGAAUAUCGGGGAUUCCGUCUGGGUCGAGGAAAAUUGUUCAGAGCUUGAAGGAGAUUGUCAAUAACUGUACGGAGCAGGAGAUCUACGCCAUGCUCAAGGACUGUAACAUGGACCCUAACGAGACCGUUAAUCGCCUCCUCACCCAAGAUCCUUUUCAUGAAGUGAAGAGCAAACGAGAAAAGAAAAAAGAGAGCAAGGAUACAACAGAUUUGAGACCUCGUGGUGGUACUAAUAACUAUACAAAUCGUGGUAGUAAGGGUAGUGGGGAUCGUUAUGCUGGACGUGGGGGUCCAAACCAGUUCAGCUCUAAUGAAUCUGGUGCUUUUCAUGGUAAAUCUGCGUACAAGAAGGAAAAUGGAACACAUGCUUAUGCAGGAUCUUCAACUUCUGCAUCUGCUGUGGGGGGAAAUAGCACGAGUCGACGGCCUCCACCCCAAAGUGAUCCUGUCUUUACAGAAAGUAAGGCAUGGACGGUAGGCACUGGGGAUGUAAUAUCUUCAUCUUCACAGCCUUCAUCUGGAUUUCAAUCUGCUUGGCUGGGUGUCCCUGGUCAAGUUUCAAUGGCUGAUAUUGUUAAGAUGGGAAGACCACAUAGCAAGUUUUCUACCACGCCAAACCUACCUAUCCACAGUGUCAAUCAUCAAAAUGUCCAUGUACCUCCGGUAUCUCAUCACAAUUUGCAUUUGUCCCAAGAUCAUGGAUCUACGGAGUUAGAGUUACACAGUGAGCGAGGGGUCAUUUCAAGUGAAGACUUUGCUUCUCAUGAUGAAUGGCCUUCGAUUGAGCAGCCACCAGCUGCUAGUUUGUCCUCUGUCAUGGAGGCAUCUGCAGACUCUGAGUUGUAUGCAAAUUCGUCUACCUUGCCCUUGGAUGGAGCCAAUCAGCAUUUAAAAUCCCAAUUAGAUGAUGUUCAAGUAGUUGAAAAUGGUCCUGAUGAGUCACCUAACGUCAAUCAUAUUGGGCAUGCUUCUGUAUCUGGUCGAAAUAUACAAGAGGAUGAUUCUGGAGGUGCAUCCGUUUUUGAUGAUAACCUAUAUAAGGACAUGUCUUCCUACCAGGCACAUGGGCAUGCCUAUGAGCAUGAAACAGCUGAAGAGAGUGCUUCAUCAGUAGCUGCAAACUUACAGCAACUUAGUUUACAAAAGGAUGAUCGGGGAGCACAACCUGAAGAGGAUAUCCCUGCUGUUGUAAUUCCAAAUCAUCUACAACUGCACACGCCAGACUGUCUGCACCUGAGUUUUGGAAGUUUUGGAUCCGGCACUAAUGCUGCUCUUUCCGGUUCGGGGGCAUUAGCGUCCAGGUCCAUGAAAAGUAACUUGGAGGAGACACCUGCAUCAGUGGAUGUCUCUACAAUUGGGCAGUCUGAUACUAGAAAUCCUGAAUUUUAUGGGGAUGAGCAUCUCAGAGCUACCUCGGAUGGAAAUUUGAUUCAUAGAACAGGUGCAAGUGCUGGGGAGUAUGAUUCUCCUUCAGUUUCACAAGAAGAGGCCUUGAAACAGGAAACUGCUGAAGCUGAUCAAGGGAAUCAGUACUCUUUUUCUUUCCCUUCUUCUGCACCUGGAUUUUCUUAUGAAAGCUCUCAACAGUUGAAUGCACAAUUUAGUCAUCCACAGACAAGCUCAGAGAUGCAGAAUCUUGCUCCUUUCUCUAGUGUCAUGCAUGCAUACACAAAUUCAUUACCCAACACUUUACUGGCUUCAACUGUUCAGACUGUGAGAGAGGAUCUUCCCUACUCACCCUUCCCUAUUACACAAUCGAUGCAAACUAAAUAUAGCAACGCGACUUCUUCUAUAAGUGGUCCCAUCAUGUCCAUGCCAGAGGCUUUGAGAGCAACUAGUAUUUCUACACCGCAGCCAACUCAACAGACCUUACCCAGUGCUAACGUUGCUACAGGACCUGCCCUUCCACAACAUCUUGUGCACCCAUAUUCCCAACCUACUCUUCCUUUGGGACAUUUUGCCAACAUGAUCAGUUAUCCUUUCGUGCCUCAGAACUACACAUAUAUGCCAUCAGCAUUCCAGCAAGCAUUUGCUGGUAACAGCACUUACCAUCAGUCUUUGGCUGCUGUGCUACCACAAUACAAAAAUAGCGUCUCUGUUAGCAGCUUGCCUCAGUCGGCUGCUAUUGCUUCGGGAUAUGGGUUUGGGAGUUCAACCAGCAUUCCUGGAGGAAACUUCCCUGUUAAUCCUCCCACAGCACCUAGCGGCACAACCCUCAGCUAUGACGAUGUCCUAAGUUCUCAGUACAAGGAUGCCAACCAUUUAAUGUCACUUCAGCAGAACGAGAACUCAGCCAUGUGGGUUCAUGGACCUGGCUCCCGAGCGCUGCCAAAUACAUACUAUGGCUUCCAGGGGCAAAACCAACAGCACGCUGGAUUCAGGCAAGGACAGCAACCUUCUCAGCAAUUUGGGGCUCUCGGUUACCCGAACUUCUACCAUUCUCAGUCAGGGAUGUCCCUGGAACACCAGCAACAAAACUCAAGGGAUGCUUCUCUUGGCAGCUCACAGGGCCAACCUUCUAAGCAGUCCCAACAGUUAUGGCAAAACAGCUACUAAUCUUAAAAUCACCCUCCUGGUUUUUCAGGGUCUCGUAGUGAGUUUAAAAGUGGCCAAUCAGAGGCAUUUCGCGGUCUUGAUUAAUAAUUAAUGUAUCAUGUGUUGGUCUGAAGAGACCUUCACCGGCUGCUGCCCUGUCCCGCGAGGUUGUAUUCUACAUAUUUAUCUGUUGCUCUGUUUAACGUAGGAACAUGUGUGCUAAUUUGGGUUAGUGGACUAUUUCCUUUUUUUAUUUUUUUUAAAAUUUUUUUUAUUUCCUUUUCUCAUUUAUUUGUCUCUGCUCUCUAUUUCUCUUUUUCUUAUAGUAAAGAAGUUGGUUCUCUUACUGCA